GACCUGUUGACCCGAUCUGAAACUGUCCAAAAACUGGAAUUUUUUGUAACCCGAAAUCCGAAUGACCCAAACCCGAUAACCCGUGAUUUUUUGGGUCAGGUUGGGUGGGUUAGCGGGUUGACCCGUUAGACCCGUUCCGUUUAAUAUAUUACUCCCAAAAUAUGAUAAAAUCACUCAUAAAUUGGUGAGAGGUUUAAAAAAAAUCACAAGGAUUUGAAUGACAUGUUUGGAGUUUAAAUGUAAUCAAAUAAGUGUUUCUUGUAUUAGUAUUACUCUUGUGAUUGUUUUUUGACGAUUUGCGCAAUUUAUAUUUCAUUUUAUUAGCGUGGGAGGAUUUGAGAAUAUGUUAAUUGACAUGUGUUAGGUAAACUAUUGUCAUGCAUAUGUGGAAAUUUGUGUUCUUUAAGAAAAUAUGAAACAUGUUUAAUAUUGUUUCUGAGAACGCUCAUAACCUGAAAUGACCCAUAACCCGACCCGACCCGUAACCAAAGUUUCCAACCCGAAAUUACCCAACCCGACCAGGUCUUAAUCAUCUACACAUAAUAUAAUACACCGAAGGGAAAAACGGGAGCCCCAUUUCAAAUUUCCUGCAAUGAGAGUGAAAGUAGGAAGGACAUUUUGGUCUUCACAAUUACUUUUUUUUAUUCAUUAAAAAGAUACAUACUGGGAUUUGAACCAUGACCAUUUUAAAGAAAGGCAAAGAUCAUAACCAAUCACACUAAAUACAUUUGUUGUAUCUUUUUAAAUUAAAAACAUAUAAUAGCAGGGUGGGAAAAACUCUUCCCCUAUUUCAAAUUUCCUAUUCCAGGAGCGUUUGUAGGAAUGGUGGAAUAGGGAGUGUCAAUUUUUUUCUCUUUCCUCUGUGGAACGGGCCAACUUACCGUACACAUGCGGAUUUAAACGGGUCCAGGAGUGUCAAUUUUUUUCUUUAUACCCUUUUAUUUCUCCGUGGUGAUAAAAUAUAUAUGAAAAGGCAAAAAUAAUACUCCUUUUUAUUAUUAAAAAUAAAAAAUUUAACAAUAAACUAAUGCAUGGUAUCUAAUGGGCUAACCGCUAACCAUAAAACAAAAGAGUUGAAUGAGCCUGACCUACAUGGGAUUUGGUCAUCAAGUAAAACAAAUGAACAUCAUUGGUUUGCCAUUCUAAAACAAGCUAUUUUCUCUGACAUAAUAUAUAUAUAUGCUAUUAUUUUAUAUCUUAGUGGCUAAAAUAUAAUGUAUUUUAAAGUUAUUCAAUGGUUCAACCUCGACCAACCCAAUUAGUCCAAUUUUUAUCAUUUCAAAUAUAUAUUUUAUAAUUAUUUGACAUCAUAAUGAUCAAAUUAUAGUGUAUUUUAUAGGGAAUCGUUUGGUAUUUGUUAGUAAAAAACUAAACAUAAAGAUCUAUUUGGUUAUUUUAAACAUUAAAACGAUCCUAAACAUUUUCAGUUCCUUUUGAAUUUAUAUGGUUUUAUUCCCAAAUAAGUGAUGUGCAAAUGGCGAAUUGUAGUCGUCUCUUUUCUUUCACUAUUUUUUAUUUUCAAAUAGAAAGUUUAAAAGUAAAGAAUAAUUAGAAUUUGGCAUGGGUCGGUCAAACAGGUUGAAUUUCAAGUUCUGGCCUGUUUGUUUUAUGCAUUGCAAAUUUAUUAGCAUGUUGAUGGAAAUGGCUUGGAAAAAAGACAUAUAAGUUGUACCUUUGCAGAAAUGUCCUCAAAUGUUUGAAUGCUUUGUGAAUCAGGUUCUGUGACUUUUGUGAUGGUGUAUGUGCUUGACGAUUGCUCGAUGUUGUAACUACUUAAUUUGAGAGUAAAUCUUUUGAUUUUCCCUAUGAGUUGUGAUACCAGUUCUGGUGGUUGCAGCAUGUUGUCGUUGUUGGCCUGUAAAAGUUGUUCCGUCGUGAUGCUAAAUACCUUUCUUUCUUUUUUAACAAAUUGUGUAGUAGUGCUAUGAAACAGACCACCCAUGAACGCUACGCUUAUUAUGGUCUGUUCUUACUUCCGGUGGUGAGAAAUUGUGAAUUGAGAAUCAUAUUCGCCUACCGCACUGUGUCUGGUUGGUGGCUGCUUACUAUGCUCUCUAGAGUUAUGAAACAGACUACCCAUGAACGUUACCCUUAAGAGUCCAUAACUUUGCGAAAAACCAAAUUUAGGCAAUCAAAGGUGGUGGAUGUUUGAUGAUUUUUUAUGGCUUAAUUGUUUGUGAAUUGGAUAUCUGAUCUUUGUAUGAUUAGAGGGGAUGUUUGCUGAAUAGAAUAAUCCAUUUUAAUUCAUAUUUAUUUUUAACAUGAACUUUAGUAACUCAAAACCUUCGAGACACAUAUCACCUACUGCAUUGUAUCAUUUUGCCUGGGUGCUUGCUGUGUUGUCAAACUUCUUUGCUGCUGCUGCAUUUACACUAACAGGGGAGUUAAGAACCCAUGAAUGUUUCCGUUUGACACAAACAAGAGGACUUACUUCUAAAUCGUGCACUAAAGAUGAUUGGAGGAAACAUCUCUGUUGCAGUUGAUACACUGGAGACCAGAACAAAAGCAACGUAUAACAUCAAAACCAACCAUCUGAACUAUUAGCAUUGUUGCUUUACUCUUUUUUCGUGGUUGAGUAUCCUUCAAAAAAUUUAGUUUGAUUUUAGAAAAUUUUGCUUCUGCAGUCCUGUCUUGCCACCAACGCGUUCAAUAGAUGGAGAUGGCAGAGGCGAAGGCUAUUUUUGUGUUGUUGUUGCUGGUUUAGGGAUCGGUUUGUGAAGAAGAGGGAGAAGAGAGGGGGAAAGGGAAAUGCAUGAGAGGGGGAUAACUCUUUUCUCCGACAAAAAUGGAGUGAAAAAAGGAAUUAUGAUCAGUAAGGAUAUGGUUAUCUUACAUAACUGUGUCUAUUCUGUUUGAAUUGAGCUUGGGAGGUAGUGAUAAGGACGAGCUGCAACCAAUUCAUAGUGAUAAGAGUGCUAUGAACUGUGAUCAUGUAUUAUUUCAAGUUAGAAGGUAGUUUCAGUAUAAGGAUUAUUUAAUUUGACAAGUUGUUUCGUCCAUGAUUUUUGGUAGUUUCAGUGUCAUUCUAGCCAUUGUUUAGUCUGUAAUUUUUGAGAAUUGAUGUGCGAGUAAUGACUUUCACUUAGCUUCAACUAUUAUGUGUGUAUUUAUUGGCAUGUGAUAGAAUUCUCUUUUCCUUUUCUUUGAUAUCAGUUUCAUACUCUAAUUGUAUCAUUUGUACAUAGGCAAAUCAUGCUCGAGAUGACAACUCGCCGAUAUGGCUGGUGCAAGGAAUGAAGCCAUCAUUAAAAUUCAGACCGACAACGGGGAGGGAUGUCUAGGACUAAUUCAACGAUGAUUGAUGAUGGUAUGAUAAAAACUGCAGUCUGCAUCAGCACCAAUUUCUAGGACUAAGUAAAGUUAUUCAACCCAGAACUCUGCUUAGCGCUAAAAAUUGCCCUCACCCAACAUUGAUCCUGUUUGACCCACUUCUGAAGAGUCAAGAUAUAUUACUAAUUCUCUCUGUUCGUAUUUUCUUAUUGACUCUUUCUGACCCUUUAGGUUGGGGCGGGUCGGGAAGAAUCAGAUUAGUGGGUCGGUCCUAAUCAAGUGGAAUCACAAUCCCUUCACUCUCACUUGCUUUCUCUCCCAUUCCACAAGUGGGUAACAUACAGUAAUCCGGCCAACGGGCCGGGUAAUAAGCUAGUAUUUCAAAUGGAAGGAAAGCCGAGUAGCCGACCAUAAGAGACAUUUCAUUCCGUUUGAUCAAAGAGCAUUUCUACUAUGCUAUAUAGUAUUGGUGCUUUAAUGUACAACUUAAAGUUGUACCAUAACAUGAAAUGUAUAAGUUUAGAUUGUACCAUAAAAGAAUUUGUACCAUUAUGUUAUGGUACAACUUUACAACUUGAAGUUGUACCAUCACAUAAAGGUACAAGUUCAAGUUGUACCAUAAAAGAAUUUGUACAAACAGUAUAGGUACAAUAUGAAAUUGUACCAUAACAUAAAUGUACAAUUUUAAGCUGUACCAUAAAGGCAAAAACCUAUAGCACCAAUACUAUAUAGCAUUGUAAAAUUCCUCUUGAUCAAAUUGUGCAAAAUAUCAAAUCCACUCAGGUAUUUUCACAGUACCGAGUUGGAACUCUGGGUAAGAACACAGAAAAUCCAGCCCAAAGCCCAACUUAAUCGGGGAUUAAACCGGGACUGUAUUUCUCAUUUGGUCAAUAUGGCCCAGCUUUAUCUGACAUGGGCCGACGGACAUGCGGCCCGAUAAUCGUUGAUUGUUUUCUAAUCAACGUGGACCGGUACAUCAGGCGUUGAGUCCAGUUUGCAACAUUGGAAACAAACAUAAGUUACGAAUCUGUCAAAAACUGAAGUUUAGUAACUGGUUUGUCAAUGAUCUAAAAGUAUAGUGACCGGAUAAGUAAUUGACCAGAUAAAAGAUUGAGCCAAUGAUGAAAGAAGACAGGCGAAGAACAAAGGUCUAUCAGGUUUCUCCUCAACCCGACAAAGAGGGCCGAUAGCCAGUAGUAGUAGAUUGAGUGAGUGAGUGAGUGAGUGAUUGAUUUGAUGACCGCAGCAGUUGGAAGAAAAGUCGCUUCGAGCUAGUAAGAGAGUCUAAUCAAGCGGAAAAAGGAGAGACCCAAAAAGGCAGAGGCGUUGAAUUCCGAUUCCAUCUUCGAACCCGUGAAGAACUAGUGAAAAAGGGGCCAAAGAUUUCUGGAGCUGCGAGUGAUUGCCGUCUCUUCCCCCAUCAAAGAAAUGGAAACCCAGAAGAUUUUGACAUCAUCUGAAGCAGAAGAGGAAAGGCGGUGGUGGGUCACCGUCCCUAAAGUCGAACUCCAUGCCCAUCUCAAUGGCUCCGUCCGAGACUCCACUCUCCUGGAACUCGCUAGACGUUUGGGGGAGAAGGGCCGGAUUGCGUUCUCAGAUGUAGAGCAUGUUAUCCUGAAAGGUGACAGGUCUUGCCGCGAGGUAUUCAAGCUGUUUGACUUGAUUCACGUCCUCACGACUGACCACAAAACUGUCACAAGGAUUACCAAAGAAGUGAUUGAAGAUUUUGCUUCUGAAAAUGUUGUGUAUUUGGAGUUGAGGACAACCCCAAAGAGGAAUGAUUCUAUAGGGAUGAGCAAACGGUCAUACAUGGAAGCUGUGAUAAAUGGUCUGAGUUCUGUUACUGAAGUAGACAUAGAUUUCACCCCUCAUAGUACUGAUCAUCAUGACCCUGCAAGUUCCUGCAAUUCCAUUGCUGUGAACAAUGUGGAUCAUCAGGGAAGUGGUAGGAAGAAGAUCUACGUCAGACUUCUUCUCAGCAUCGACCGUCGAGAGACAGCUGAAGCUGCAAUGGAAACAGUGAAGCUUGCACUGGAAAUGAGAGGUUUAGGUGUUGUUGGCAUUGACCUUUCUGGCAACCCUUCUGUGGGUGAAUGGAGUACAUACUUGGCUGCACUACAAUUUGCCCGGGAGCAAGGGCUAUAUGUUACGCUUCACUGUGGAGAGGUACCUAAUUAUGAGGAGAUCAACGCAAUGUUGGACUUUCUGCCUCAGAGAAUUGGUCAUGCUUGCUUCUUAAGAGAGCCAGAUUGGGUGAAACUAAAAUCAUCUAAAAUACCAGUUGAGAUUUGUUUGACAUCCAACAUCAUGACAGACACAAUCUCUUCACUUGACAUUCACCAUUUUGUUGAUUUGUACCGUGCGAAACAUCCAAUGGUGCUGUGCACAGACGAUUCAGGGGUUUUCUCCACCAGUCUGUCCAAGGAGUAUAGCCUUGCCUCAUCUGCAUUUGGUCUUGGAAGGAAGGAGUUGUUCCAGCUAGCUAGAGAUAGCGUGGAGUUCAUAUUUGCUGAUGGUGGCGUGAAGCAGGAGUUGAAGGAGAUCUUUAGCUCUGCUGCUGGGAAGCUUGAGCUAUGAUUCUUCUGGUGCAUUCGUUAUUUUACGGCUGUCGAAGAACGUUAGAGUAUUUACUGUUGAAUCUAUGGAACUUUAGAACUGCUGAAAUCUAUUGUCUAAACAGCUAGCUUUAAGCUUAUGGAAGACUGCAUAGAAAUCAUAUUUAUAUGGUUGAUUACAGUCUUUUUGUUAUUAUUUAUUUUCUUUCAAAAAACCCUAUACUAUCCAAAAUAGGUUCUUAAAAUACUUCUUUCAAUUUGAUGAGAUUAGGGUGCCAAUUUCACCUAUAUACAAUUAAAAAAUUCUAGCUUACGAUAACCUGCAGAAACUAUAGAAUUAUAAAUAGGAGCUGAGACCAGUUCGACAACAUUCAUCGAGCAAGGACCUAGCCUUAAAUUUGAAAGUCUCAUGUUCGAAUUGUUUAAAUAGUACCUAAUCGCAAAAUGUAAAAUCUAUACCACUCUUAUCUAAAAAAAACAUUCUUUGAGCAAUGACCUUCCAAGCUAUUGAUAAAUAGAAUAUGAUAGA